GAAAUAAUAAAUCUUGAAGAUGGUACUGACAUUAGCACUAGUGAUAAUGAAAUGUUCGAAAAUGAUGAAAAGUCUGGUGAUGACGAAGCAAGUUCAAUGGAUUUAGAUGAUGAAGAAGGCUUAAAUGAUGAACAAUUUACAGAAGAAGAUUAUAAAAGAGCAGAGGAAAAGAAAUCAGAUUAUGGAUAUCUUAGGCGUUGGAUGUACAUGGAAGACGAUGAAUUACUUCCAGUAUAUGGCGAAAGUGAUGAAGAGAACAAUUAUAUUUCUAGUGAUCUUGAAGAAGAAGUAAUGGAAGAGGAAGAGGAUAUCAAACAGAAAGGAGAAGCAAGCCUCUUUAUUAUGAGAAAUGCUGAUGAUAAAGGGUCAGAAGUUAUAAUGUCUGAUGACUUAAUAGAGCCUCAGGUUGAUCGUGCACAUCAAAUGAUCCUUGAUUAUAUUAAUGAUUUUAAAAAAAUCUGGGAAGAUAAAGAGUUGCAGAAAAUAGAAACAUCGCGCUACAAAUAUUGGAGGAAAUUAUUCCCACGAAAGCAACAGCGUGAACCCCAAAAAGUUAUCGAUGAAUUAACAGAAAAACUACACAAAUUGAAUAAUGAGCGCCUUCCUCAAUUAAUCAACCAUGUGAAAUCCAAUAUUGAAUCAAAGUCAACAUUUGAUAAAGAUGCUAAACGUCAAUGUGGAAUAUUGGAUCCAACUUUACGAGAUAUAUACUUAUUAGAAUGGAAGGUAUCUCUGGCAAAAGGGCCACCACCGCCCAAGCCUGAUAAUAAGCCUCGGCAAAAAAUAUUUAGAGUCGAAGAAGUUGAUAACAAGGACGCGGUAAACCAAGAAUAUGAUAGUGCUGAUAGCUAUGAGUCAGAUUUCAUUGACGAUUCCGAAUUUAUAUACACCCCCGAAGAACUAGCAGAACUGAGAGAGGUUGGAAUCAUAAUUGAACCUAUGGAAAUUGGAACAGCU